AUGGAUCCUUCACAAGUCACCAUCCCAAAGUUGAAGAACCUGACCAUUGAGAAUAUCACUGAGAAUGUCGUUGCGAUCAAUUCUGCCAAUCCGGAUGCCAGGUUCAAAUACAUCCUCGAGCGUCUGGUGCACCAUCUCCACGACUUUGCCAGAGAAACUCGGUUAAGUACGCGGGAAUGGAUGGCCGGACUGCUAUUCUUGACGGCAACAGGACAGAUUUGCACUGAUGUGCGACAGGAAUUCAUCCUCCUUUCCGAUGUUCUCGGCCUCUCCCUACUGGUCGACAGCAUCGAUCAUCCCAAGCCGCCCCACAGCACCGAAGGCACAGUCCUAGGGCCCUUCCAUACCCAUGAAGCACCCGACAUGACACAUGGGUCCAACAUGUCUCAGGACAAGAACGGCGAGCCCUUGCUUGCCAUCUGCACCGUCAAAGACGUCCAGGGAAAACCUAUAGCAGGUGUCAAAAUCGACAUCUGGGAGACCGAUUCAGACGGCUUCUAUGAUGUCCAGCACGCCGAUCGCGAAGGCCCAGACGGAAGAUGUGUUAUGCGCAGUGACCUGGACGGUGUCUUCUGGUUCAAUGCCAUAGUGCCUAUCCCUUACCCAAUCCCUCACGAUGGCCCUGUGGGACAGCUGCUCAUGCAAUUGAAAAGACAUGCAAUGAGACCCGCACAUAUGCAUUUCAUGUUCGAGAAACCCGGUUACGACCAUCUGAUCACUGCCCUAUACCUCAAAAACGACCCAUACGAAACCUCCGACGCGGUCUUUGGCGUCAAGGACACCCUGAUCGUCGAGCUAGGAAAAGCCGACAAAGCGAUUUCAGAAAAAUACAACGUCCCAGAAGGCACAAAACUGCUGACUUAUGAUUUUGUUCUUGUCUCGGACCAGGAGAGCUUUGACCUCCGAAGCAAAAACAGUGCCGCGGCGCUCGAAAAGUUAGGCAGGAGAGUCAAGAUCGUCGAGGGUUUGCCCGUACCUGAGGUGGAUUGA